AGAAGUCGAUCAAUAUGGAAUGUAAACUGUUUCUAGUUUUUGUCUGUUUUGGUUUAUCGUUUGGAGCUCACGUGGUUCAGCAACGCCAAGAUAUUGGAGCUCCUCAUGGAAUAGGUGGUGCAUCAUGUCCUCAUUUGUUCUAUAGUGGAAACAGCACUUGUUACAGAGUUGUGCGUAUUAAAGCGACAUGGCCAGAAGCUCUGGCUUAUUGUGAGGCGUACAAGGCAGAACUUGCUAUCAUUGAAUCUGAAGAAGAACAGAGAUUUUUGGAAAAUUACAUCCAGACAGAAGCGGCCUCGUUUGCGACGAAAGACUUUUGGUUGGGUGCUACUGACAUCAUGUCUGAAGGUGAUUGGCAAUGGGCUCUAACUAUUGAGAGGGUAUCAUACACAAACUGGGCCCCUGGAAAGCCGAAUAAUCUACAUAAUGUUGAACACUGCCUAAAGACGGAGGGGGACAAUAGCUUCCUGUGGAACGACGACGACUGUGAAACACACAAUUACUUUGUUUGUGAGACCCUGGAAACAUCGUAAACUCU